UAGGACUUUGGGGAGCUUCACAGGGAAUUCUGGGACUCUGACCUCUUUUCCCAUAAUUUCCAAAUUCCUGAGAAUUCCAGAAGACCUUUCAAAAUCUCCUAGAAUCCACUACUUCUGGGAGCUGUGCCAGGAAUUGUGGGAUAAGCACUUAGAAAGCAAUAUUACUGCAAUGCUGUAGAAGAGCACUUGUGUACAUGGGGGACAAAAUUCCAAAGCUCCACCAGUGUGGGUGCAAUGCCCUGUUGGUGCUUAGCAAUGGUUCACGUCUCUAGUGAAGGCACAGCAGGGGAGACAGAGAGUCAUCUCCAAGUCUUGUCUACAGUGCACAUAUUCCACUGUGCUGACGUGGUUUCUGAAACAAUGCUCAAAUUCGUUUAUCCUUGUCUAUACUGCAGCUAAACUGCAUUCAGCACUACACCUGUCCUUGACAAUCACUGUCAAUAAUGCAUCAUUUGUGUUGUAAACAAGCCCUAGAUGUCAUGCUUCACCAAGAUUUUACUGUAGAUGGAAACCUUGCAAAAAGUGUGCUAGAAACCAAAGCCUGAUUGUCCCUUCUUUACAGUGAUAUAAAUCCAUUUACUUCAAUGGAGUUCUCCUACAGGUGUAAGUCAGAGGACAAUCAGGCCUCAGUCCACAAAAACUAAAAGAGCUGAAAGUGGUUUGGCCCCAUGCUAGCAGCCAAAAUGUUUUUUCAGCUCCAGUUGAAGGAAGUCCAAGGGGCAAACUAUUGUUAACAAUCAUUGUUAGCAAUAGGACUGCUUCCUAGUUCAGACAGAUCCUUGCAACUGCCAGUUUUUGGAGGGCAUUCAUGUGGAAAAUCCAUGUUUGAGAGUUUACAAUGAUUUUUACUAAGGGUUCAAAUGAUCACUAGAUUUGGGGAAGAUUUCAAUGCAGGCCUCCCACUUAUCUGUACUCCUGAUCUCCAGAUGGGUCCAUGAUAGCAGGGACUCCACUUCAGCCCUCUGGGAGUUAAUAACCUGAUUGUCUGCUUCUCCUCUUUUGUUCUUACAGUCCAAAAGGGCAUAAACUAGUAUGUGACGCCCAGCAACCAAUGCGGGUACAUAACUUACAUUUUCAUAGAGCUCAUAAAAGUUUUACAUAUGGGCCAUGGUGCUUCUGGGCUGGGCCUGGAUAGGGAUCAGGGGCCUUUCUGAAGGGCAGGGAGAGAAAAUAAAAUCCUCACUGAGAAAGGAGAGAACGUUUAUUAGUAGAGGGAGGUGGGCCAGAAACACAGACACAAGCACACCCACACGACACACCCCGCCCUUUCCCCCAGCUAGCUUCCUGCUCUGCUAGGACAGAACAGCAAGAGAAAGAACGGGGAGGAGAAAAGAGGAGUGAGAAGGAGCACAGAAGAGAGGAGAGAAAAAGGAGAAAAUAGACGACCACAGAGAAGUGAAACUUUGGAUUCGGUGCUUCGAAAAAGGAGUCAAGGCUACUGUAACAAGGUUUCCCUGUGGUCUGCUACCUUCCCACAUUCACUGCUCACUAGCAUAUAAAGAGCUCCCUUGGGAGUGUGAAAGGAGUCAAGGGAAGAGAAGGAAGUGCUUUUGGUAGUGUCUCUUCCUCAGGUCAGGGAGAGAAAGGCAAGGAAUAGAUUCAAAAGAGGCUUACAGAUCGUUCCUUGGGAUGAAGAGAGAAGGCAAGAGGACAUGGCUGGUACUGGCUCCAGAAGGCUCUCUCUGAUCUCUAUUCCCCCAGCAGCCCAGCCUUCUCCCAUUGCCUGCCAUCACCAUCCACAUCACCAUGUGGGUAGAGACACAUUGGAGAGGCAUUCGCCAAGCUUUGUUGUUUGUCUUCACCGCCGCACUUCUCAUUGGGGUCAUCAUGCUGGCUAUCUCCUCUAACAUCAACCCAGUUGGAUUCUUCUUCCUGGGGGUGGGGGGCGUGUGCCUGAUUGGCUACUUGCUGAGUGUGUUUGUGGAAUGCUUCCUGAAGCAUCGGCACCAACAGGAUACAAAUCAGGCAGCCACAAGGAGACAGAGCCAGGCAGGGGUGAAUGCUGCCUAUGAAGCACCAGCCUAUGAGGAGGUGGUGACAAUGACACCAGCCCCAGCAGUCUGGACGAUCACCUCCACUUCAGGCACAGUGCCCUCAACAGUGGGGGAGCCACCACCAUACAGUGUGGUCAUUGAGCCGCCCAGUAUGGCAGAAACUGGGGCAGAGACCUUCAGCGUCUCAGUGGCAUCAGGCAUCAGGCGUGCCUCUGAGGCAGACGCAGGCUCCAGGCUGCAUCUUAGGUUGGUGCUGCCCCCCAGGAUGCAGCGCUUUGUCUCAGAUAUCCAUGACGUCAAAGGUGCUGAAGAGAGGCUGGAGCGGCUGGAGCCACUCACCCCACCACCUGCUUAUGAGAGUCCCACUGAUGAUGAUGAUGUCUUUGCAGAAGCUUUCCAACCCUCAAGACAAUGAUUAAACAGACAGCGCCUGCUUGUUAUGGAUGAGGUACAAAACCCAACUAGUGCCACCACAAACUGGAGAAAGGAGCUCAAUGCUGCGGGCCAUGUCAUGGGAGCACCAAGGAGUCCACAAUAGAGGAUGUGGGGCAAAGAUGGAACACUGAGCCCAGGGCUGUAGUCUGUAAGUGUGAAGAGGACAGUGCACAAAAGACCCCUGACCCUACACAUAGUACACUCUGUACCUCUCCACACAUACUGCUCAUUCUCUCCUGCACCCCCUACAUACACUACCUGCUCCAACACCACCUGCUAUUUCCUACACAUAUACACACACUAUCCAUUACCUCCCUACAUGGACAAACUACUUACUAUCCCCUUCAUGAACACACACUGACUCCCUCUCUCAUACACAUACUCACAUUAUCUGCUACUCCCUGCACAAACACUCUUAAUACUUCCUACACACACAUAUGUAUUGUGUACUUCUCCCCGCACACAUGAAUGUCCACCCACUUACCAACUAUCCUCAAACACACACAUAUUUGCCAAUGUCCUGGAUUAUUCCUUAGAUUUCACGCUGUCUUGGCAUCUUCCUCAGAAAUGAAGUUUUGGGUUUUUCCAGAAACAAUACAUUAACUGAUGGGCUGUGAGUUAGAAACUAUCCCUUAAAGUGGAUUGUUCAGAACCAGGGUCGUCUUAGAUGAUAAACAGAAAUGAGUGACUACUCACCAGCAGAUACCAAAGACAUCCACAGCCUUGUAGAGACAGCCCUACAUUUUAUAGGGUCCUACAUUACUUAACAAGUGUGAGGCCCCAUCCAACUCCCUCUGCAUGCCCACAAAGUCCCUGUCUGUCUGCAUCCCCUUCUGAAAAGCUAUUUAUGGGGCCACACAGCUUUUUUUUUUUUUUUUGCCUUCUCUCCAUGGAGCCAAAAGAUGGAGAAGAAACAACUGUCUUAGAGGAAGCUGGGAGAAGGAAUGAAGGGAGUUAACUGUCUGCCAUGAACGGCUGGGACCAGAAUCAGAUGGGUCUGAUGUGGAACUGAUUGCAAAAAGUAUACUGGAGUCACUGAAGGCCAGAGCCCAGUGCAGCUGCAUCAGUUGCAGGAGCCCAAGUUGCCCUGCAUCCUUGGAGAAUAACCAAAAUCUGGGUUCCAGCUUACUACAGUCUUGCAUUUAUAUAUUUUUUUAACUUGUAUUUUUUAGUGCUGUUGAUUUACGAUUUUUAAAAAAUACAAUUAAGUGUGUUUCAGCCAAA